AUGGGUCAGGAUUGGGCACCAACCUCAGACGAAGAGAAGUCGCUUAAAGAUGCCAUCACUGCUCUUCAGACCUCUAUUGUCUCGGUCGCAAAGACUGGUGACCAAGCCGAUGCAGGCAGCAGAUUUGUACUCAACUCCAAGGACUUCUAUGAUGUUCGAGCUUACAUUAUGAGCGGCAAGGAACUUCCUAGCGCUGAUUAUGAGUUCGACAGCCGCUUUGGCGGAAACUCGUUCGGGGAUAUCGUAAACUUCGACAACGAAAUCUACUCAUUGACACGGAAGACGAUGGUAGAGGUUGGAACUACUUGCCAAGAAUAUUACAACAAUCAACUCUCUAGACUAAUUAAUGCUCUAUCUCCAGCAAUCCAGUAUGCCGAGAACACGACUGAAAAUCUCUACAGGGCAGAACAGAUCAAUCUCAAGCAUCAAUUUGGGAUUUUACUUCAAGAUAAAUACAAAAGCCGGGCAGAUCAGGACGGGGAAUUUAAUGAAGCAAGGGAGGCGGGUCUCAUGACUUGCGAGAUGGUGAAGGAAGAUGCCUCGAACAAGAAGAGAGAAAUUGAUGACAUCCGGGCAACGCUGAUCUCACUCAAAUCUAAGACACAAGCCUUCCAACCUGAUGUUCAGAAAGUUAUCAAGCAAUUCAAGGCAGGUCCAGCGGAAAACAGCUCGAACGAUCAGGCAGCAAAGCGGCCAUAUCUCGACCGACUUGACGCCAAGUAUAACACUAAGCUCAGCGAGACCAAAAAGCAGCUUGAAGGGGUGAGGAUAAAGAGCUCAGACUUGAACACAAAGCCUGGUAUGGCUGUGGGAUUGGCCCAGUGGCCUGGUCUCGGAUGGAUCCCACUGGAUAUCGCCCGGACAGAUAGCUUGAAAAGUGCAUACAAUGAACUCGAGGGAGUGAUUAAUGAGGGAGAAAGAGAAAAUAACGAGAGGACGAGGCUUGCCACGAAUGUCAGCAUGCUGAUAGAACAAUCUUCCGAUAUUGAUGGCAAGUUGUCAAACUUGAUAACCGCCCUGGGGAAACUCAGCGACUUUUUCGGAACUCAGGUCACUUGCGUUCAGAAGAUAGAUUCUUACCUGAAUCGCGUGAGUGGCAACCCUGACAGUGCGAGCAAUCGCCGAGACUUCGUCUUGAAUGGCUUGACGAAGACUGCAGAUUUGCUUCAAGAGCUCAAGAAAACCGCAGAAGAAUUUCAGCGCAACGCUACAGGUGAGGUGCAGAUGCGACGCUGGUAG